UUGCCAAGGUGGUAACAGAUCUGUCUUCUCGACAAUUGGAGGCCAUUUUUGGUCAUAUUAUUAACACAUUCUUGCCAAUUUACCAUGGUCUUAAUUACAGUCUUUAUAGAUUUUCUUAAAUUUCUCUCUUUGUCAUACUUAAAUGCUCAAUUCCAUCAAGUCUCAUCACCACGAAUAAAAUGUUGGCCUAUAUUUUCUUGAUUCUUUUGGCACACCCCUUUUAUGUUAGCCCUGCAAAUACAACACCAAAUGGUAACAAAAGUAUAUUCAUUUUAGCAGGACAAAGCAACAUGUCUGGCAGAGGAGGAGUAGUAAACAACAUUUUUGAUGGAUAUAUUCCAUCUCAAUGUCAGUCCAAUUCAUCAAUUCUAAGACUAACAAAAGGACUUUCAUGGGAAGUAGCAAAAGAGCCAAUUCAUCAAGACAUUGAUUAUUAUGCAAUUUGUGGGAUUGGUCCUGGCAUGUCAUUUGCUAAUUCAAUCUUGAAAAAUGAUCCAAAAAUUGGUGUUAUUGGUUUGGUGCCAUGUGCUGUUGGGUCCACAAAUAUUAGCCAAUGGUCUAAAGGUUCAUUUUAUUAUAGUCAGAUGCUUAAUAGGACUCGGAUCGCAUUACAAGGUGGUGGGACGCUAAAAUCGUUUCUUUGGUAUCAAGGAGAGAGCGACACUCUGAAUGUUGAGGAUGCUAAAUUAUAUAAAUCAAGGUUACAGAAAUUCUUCAUUAACUUGCGAUAUGACUUGAAAGCACCUUUCCUACCUAUUAUUCAGGUGGCAUUGGCAACAGCACUUGGGCCUUAUAAGAAGAUAAUAAGACAGGCCCAAUUGGGAAUUCACCUUCGAAAUAUGAAAACAGUUGAUGCUAAUGGGCUCGAAGUAGGUCCAGAUUAUGUGCAUCUCAGUACACAAGCACAGGUCCAGCUUGGACAGAUGUUGGCUAAUGCAUAUUUGAAGUUUGGUUCAGAAAAGGAAUAGAAAUCACUAUAAUUUUAUUCAGGAGAUUAGAUUCUGAAUGUAAUUUAGGUCAGCCGAUAUACCAUUGGUAUACAUUUUGGGAAAUUGUAUUC